AGCGUAUAGGAUAGGACAAUGCAGAGAUGUCAAAGUGCUUAGGCUGAUAUCUUUGGGAACUGUGGAAGAGAUCAUGUAUUUACGACAGGUGUACAAGCAGCAACUUCACUGUGUGGUGGUUGGAAGUGAAAAUGCCAAGCGAUAUUUUGAAGCGGUUCAAGGAUCAAAAGAGCAUCAAGGAGAGCUUUUUGGGAUCAAUAACCUCUUCAAACUAAGGUCCCAAGGGUCUUGUCUUACGAGGGACAUUCUGGAGAGAGAAGGCCAAGUGGAAGCAGGUAUCAUGACAGCCACAACAUGGUUGAAAGAGGGACCUCCAGCAUGCAAACUAGAGAUGCCUAGAGAACCUGACGGUCAAGAACCCAGAGGUGCAGAACGAUGUGCAGAGCCCCUGGCAAACGAUACAUGUGACCUCUGCAGUGACUUCAGUGAUGAUGAAUCAGUGGGAGCCUCAGGAAUAAAGGCUGCUAGACACAAAGUGUCCGAGUCAAGUAAAGCCGCAGGCUCUCCAGGACAGCUUACCUUACUCCAGUGACAGCUUACCUUACUCCAGUGUGGUUUCUCUAAAUUGUUUGAGACAAAAUAUAAAGCAGUUGAGGAUAGUGAUGGAAAUAUUGCCUUUGAUGAUGAAAGUUCUGAUGAGCAGCCCCUGUGUCUUUCAACAGAAGCCAAAGAUGCUGGUUGUCAGAAAGGUCAGGACUCUCUUGGUACUUCAGAACAUCAGAGAUUAGAUAACAUCCUAAAUCUAAACGAAAAAUGUAAUUUUGAACAAAGUGAGAAGAUUUUAGAACAGAAUGUUUCUUCUGAGUCUGACGAUAAGGGAAAUUUUAAAAAUACAGCUGAACAUCAUUGCAUUUUACAGAAUGUCACAGAAUCAGAAGAUAGUGAUGUCAUCUUUCCCACACAAUACACAACUCAGAGAUUCCCUGAGAAUAGUACAAGGUUUAAGCCACUCUUGGAUGCAUCUGAAGAUUCUGAAACAGAAAACCUUGUAAAAAUAAGAAAUAAUGGUGAUGGUAGAAAGACUGAUGACAGAGGAAAUGGACUAAUUUCAAAAGAAUUAAAUCCUGAGAACACAACCCUGAAAUCUAUUAUGAAAACAAAAGGCACUGAUGAUAUUAGUGACGAAUCUGAUGAUAUUGAAAUUUCCUCCAAGUCAAGAGUAAGAAAGAAAAGAGCUACUAGUUCAUUGAGGUUUAAAAGAAAAAAGAAAAGCAAAAGGGAACUUUACAACUUUCCUAAAACAAUGAAGAAAACAAAUGAACUGUAUGCGACAGAUGAGGAUUGUAACUCUGAGCUUAUUGAUGAUUUUUCAUCCUCAGAUGACGAUUUAUCUGUCAGCCAAUUCAGUUUCUCUAAACAGAGCCAUAGAGCAAAAACUAUAAAUGACAGAAUCAGUUUCUCUUCAAAACUGCCUAGACACAAUAUGAAAAAUAGCACUUUUAUGCCAGGAAAACCAAUGAAAUUUUCCAGUGAGAGAGUUGUCAAUCAAGAGCACAUGUAUGAAUCAAUGGAUAAAUUUUUAGAUGGAGUUCAGGAAGUGGCUUACAUUCACUCAAACCAGAAUGUGAUUGGAUCGAGCAAAGCUGAAAAUCAUAUGAGCCGAUGGGCAGCACGUGAUGUAUUUGAGCUGAAGCAGUUUUCCCAGCUUCCUGCUAAUGUAGCUGUUUGCAGUUCUAAGGUAAGAAGAAUAUAGGGUAACAUUAUCUUUAGUUUUUAUCGCAUUUUUUAAAGUUACUCAAUACGAUCUUCUCUAAGUAUUCCCUCAAAAGUAACUACUAAAACUAUAAGUGACAUACAAAUAAGUAUAAAAAACAAAACCGUUUAGAGAACUGUAGUCACUGAAGAUGUUUCUGGAUUAAACAACAAAUCUAUAUCUAAAUGCCUAAUAAUGUUGAGUUGCUUAAUAGUUUCUGUAUUAGUUUUCUGUUGCUUAUAACAGAAUACCUGAAACUGGGUAAUUUCUCAAUAAAUGAAGUUUAUU